AUGGCUUACAGCCCGCUCAAUAUCCCAGACAAUCUCUACGUCGGAGGCCUCUGGGCACUCCGUCGUUCCGAUCAGCUGUCCGAAAAGGGCAUCACUCAUAUCCUGUCGCUAUACGGAUUCCCGCCUGAUUCUCUCAAGAACUUCAAGGAAGAGCCAUGGUCCGUGUACGGAAAGGAAUACCAACACUUCGUCAUUGAUAUUGACGAUGUCGAAGAGACGGACAUCCUGGUUGAGUUUCCGAAAGCCGUCAAGUUUAUUGAUGGAGGCCUCAACAGUGUCAGCCAGGCAGGUAAACCUGGCGGAGUCUUUGUACACUGCGCUGCCGGCAAGUCUCGUUCCGUCUCCUGUAUUAUAGCUUUCCUGCUAUGGAAGUAUCCCAACAAGUUCGAUGCCUCGGCUAAAUCUGGUACCCCAAAGCCUCGGGCAGAGACAGCCGAGGAAGCCGUCAACGCCGCUCUCACCCUGAUUCGGCAAACGCGGCCCAUGGCAGAACCCAAUGAUGGAUUCAUGGAGCAGUUGCGCAUGUGGUGGACCAUGGAAUGUCCAGAAGACGUCGAAGAACAGCCAUUAUAUCAGCGCUGGGCAUAUCAACGAGAAGUCAGCGAAAGCCUAGCUGUGGGACAGGCUCCGUCACGCCUGCGUUUCGAGGAUGAGCAAGCAGAAAAGCUUGACUCCACGGGAUCGAGCUUGCGCUGUAAGAAAUGCCGUCGUGUGCUUGCAACAGCCCAGUACAUUGCCAAACACAAGCCUAGCAACGGCUCGGCUAGCUGCCAGCACAUCUUCAUUGAGCCCUUGAGUUGGAUGCGCCCCGAGCUGGAGCAAGGAACUCUCAAUGGCCGAUUGAAUUGCCCCAACGGUCGCUGUGGCGCUGCCGUGGGACGUUACGAUUGGAAAGGAUUCAAGUGCUCGUGCGGUGCCUGGCUUACACCCGCGUUCUCGCUGCAACGAGCCAGAGUCGACGAAGCCGCUGCGCCUGUGUCUGGUCCCGGCGGCAGUCUGGGCAUACGGGUUCCGCCCGGUUCCGGGCGCGGGAAUCUCUGA